UGAAGUUUCAAUCAAGAAAAAAUUUCUCAACAACUGUCACAGUUGUCGUUAGCGUGGGAGGAAGAAUCUAGUCAUCGGCACAUGGUGUUUGAAUGAUUAGAAGUUCCUCCACGAUGGGCGGCGUCAUCGGACGUUUGCUUGUGGGCGGCACACAUUCCUGGGGCAGCAUCUGAGGGUUUUCGUCUCCACUAAACAUAUUUAAAGGACAUGCAACCCCGGUGCUAUUCGACAGCCAACUUUAACUAUCAAGUUUACAUAUUGUUAUCAUUACUACUGUCAUUAUUAUUAUCAUUGAUAGUGUUACUUAACAAACAGUACUACCGCUUUCGGCUUCUAUUAGCGCAUUUGAAACGUGAGAGUUUCGCUUCCGUCAAAUGGCCCCAACAAGUAAACAUAACCGGAAAUUGAAAAUCGAAGGUACUGACUUGCCCACGGCCAAACAUCUACCAACUUCUGCAUCCUGUAGUCUGGAAACUCACAAAAAUGCAUUCGUUUUUCAACUGGAAGGUCAACCAAAACAAUCCUAUGUUGAUAACGAAAUUUGGCCACCGGUAUUCAAGCCUGAAUUUGUAAGAAGUGCAAAGACUAUGAUACCACGUGAUAGUGACAUCUUCGUAUGUACUUAUCCUAAAUGUGGCACCACGUGGAUACAACAUAUUUGCUCACAGUUGCUAACAGACAAUUACGGACCACAAGUUGGACAAGAGUUGUGCAUAACAAGUCCAAUGAUUGAACGAAUGGGUGCAAGAUUUGCUGAUAAUUUAGACUCACCACGACUAUUGAAAACACAUUUCACAUGGUACAAUGUGCCGAAAAAUAACAAUGCCAAAUAUAUUCUUGCAGUUCGAAAUCCGAAAGAUUGCCUUACAAGCUACUUUUUUCACAAUCGCAACUUCAAAAUCUACAAUUACGAGCAUGGUGAUUUUUCCGCAUUUUUUGAACUUUUCCUGACGAAAAAUAUCGCAUUCGGAAAUUAUUUCGAUUACUUACUCAGUUGGCUUCCACAUAUUAAAGAUAAAAAUGUGCUGUUUCUGAAAUAUGAGGACAUGUGCGCCGAUUUACCACAAGCCGUUAUGAGAAUUGGCGAAUUUUUGGGUGGUAAAGCUGCAAAACAUAUUCGGGAUAAGACGAUAUUAAGUCAAAUUGUGGCGAACAGCACGAUUAAAUCUAUGAAGAAGGAUCAAUGGCGAUGGUUUCCAGAAAAUAAUCUACGACAGAAUAUUUUCAUCCGGAAGGGUGGAAGCGGAGACUGGAAGAACUAUUUCACACAUGAUCAGUCUAUUCGACUAGAUGCUAUGUAUCAAAAAUAUCUAGCUGGAACUACUGCGGAACAUUGGUGGAAGGAUGAAAUGGCUUGGGGUAAUGUAGAAGACGAUAUCGGAAUUGAAGCCGAUUUAUCAUCCAUGUCCACUGCUGAUGGAUGCAGCAAUAGCAGUUCCACCAGUUCAAGGAGGGAUUCUUUGGAAGAUUUCCGGGAGGAUUCCAUUGAAUCCACUGAUCUGAACUUUCUGAAGACAACUAUUCAAAAAUACAUCCCGUGGCGUGAGCGCGUAUCAUCGCAAUCAUCAUCAGGAUAUAAUUCAUUGUCCUCAUCGUUAUAUUGAAGUAGUUCUCACCACUACAUUUAAUUAAAGUAGAAUUAUACUACAAAUGUUUAUUUUUAUUCUGCAUUCAAUUUAAAAUUCAAUUUUUUGGUAGUUUUUAACAGCUUUGCUGUAUCUGGACUACUAUCUAUUAUUACUAAAAUAAAAGUUAGUGAU